AGCAGCUCUCAGCUUCACACACUGUUAAAUAAGAGUAGUGCUGGAGUAUUUCCAAAGACGGCAUAGAGGUCUUUUACGUCGGAACAUCUUCUGAGUCCUGGACAUGAAGGAAAUCCAGGUCCUGUUCGUGCUCCUCCUGGCUGCUGCGACGGCUCACAGUCAGUCUUUUCACUCAGGCAAAUGCCCCAAGCCAUCUGUCCAAGAGGACUUCAACAUUACGAAGUAUAUGGGCACCUGGUAUGAAAUAGAGAAGCUCCCAGCUGCUUUUGAGAAAGGAAAAUGUAACCAAGCUACAUACAGUCCUCUCGCUGAUGGGACGGUCAAGGUUCGCAAUGCAGAGCUGCUAUCUAAUGGGAAGAUCAAUUCAAUUGAAGGCGUUGCCAAAGUUAAAAACUCAUCUCAACCUGCUAUUCUGAGUGUCAGCUUCUUUAAAGGUCUUCCAGAUUCUCCCUACUUGGUACUCUCCACAGACUACCAGUCAUAUGCUCUGGUGUACUCUUGCUCCGACUACUUUGGACUUUUUCACAUCGACUUCGCCUGGAUCCUCGCUCGCCCUCGGGUGUUGGCCGAGGACGUCGUCGGCCGGUUGCGCGUUAAACUGGCCGCUGCUGGUGUAAACAUAAACCGUCUUACAGUCAGUGAUCAAACUGGAUGUGACAUCUUGAGCUGAGGCAUGAUCAGCAAAGAGAAGAAGGAGGAACAGUGUGCUGAAUGUCUGAUUUGAACUACAUAUUGCUUGUUUAAUUGUUGAAGGUUCCAGGUCAUUUGAGGUCAAACAUGGUGCUUUUAUUUUGAAGGAUAUAACAUAUAAUAAAAUAGCAUUUAUAUUGUGAUGCAAUUUGCUUUCAAAAUAUAUUUUUUGGUCUUGUUAUCUAUAUUUUCAUGGAGAUACAUGGGGUCUGAAAACAAACUACUAACAAAUUACUUCUCCAGCAAGUAGUCCUAGUAACAGGGAUGAUUUCUAGUCCCAGCUAACUAACGUUUAAGGUCCAGUGUGUAGACUCUUCUUACUUUUAGGUGAUUAUAUCUGCUUUUUGUAAAACAGAAGUAGAAACACUUGAACAUUUAAUGUUCUCUUGCAAUCUAUCUGAUUUGUUUUGGAAAGACUUCAAAAAUUGGUUAACCUAUAAUAAUAAUAUAGAUGUUCCACCCCUGACUUACAAUUAUGUGAGAUUUGGUUUCAUAAUGGAGGACAGAAAACUAGAAUAUAACAUAAAUAACUUGGUUAUACUCGCCAAAUACUUUCUACACAAAUGUAAAUUCUCAAAAAAUACCCCACGUUUCAACAUUUUUCUAAAAGUUUCUUUAAAACUUAUGAAAUCAAAUAAAGCCAUAUUGCUGUAUGACAGUUUAACAAUUUUUACUUUGGAUUGAUCCCCUAUAAGAUUUUUUUUUUUCUUUCCAUUGUUUUACUGUUUAUACUCACGCUCACACUUCAAGUCUGCACUUAAAACCCACCUGUUUAAAA